AUGCACGUUUCCUACCUUUCGCAUUUUAUCCUUUUUAGAGGCCACAGCUUUGAGGGCUUUGCCUUAAAGGGCAAGGGCAUUAACAGUGGAGGGAUUGGCGAGAGUUUUCGGCAUCCCACCAAGGUUCAAAUGUUCCUCCAAUACCAGCGACGUCUCGUUGGUUUUUCACAAGGCCACUGCGUCGGGGCGUUUGAUUCAGAGCUGAAACCGCGCUGCCCAGACAAUCUCAAAAGCACAGGUGGACAACAUCAGAAAAGAGAGGAUGAGUGGAACUUUGAAGAGAAGAGGAGUGGACAGAGUUCAGAAUUCCUUAAAACUGAAGCUGUGGAGAAUGGAAGGAUUCGUGAGGAUUAUUGUCUCAGGCUUUUCAAGCAAGCACACGUCUCAGCUGGAAUUGACUUCGACAAGUAUGACAACAUUGAGGUGACGACGCAUGGAGGUGCAAAAGAUGUGACCGCGAUCGAGACGUUUCAAGAGGCCUGCGAGAGAUACUCUUUGCCUGAUGAAUUGACUGCCAACAUUCAACGUUGUGGCUACGGAGUUCCCACUCCUGUGCAGAAGCACAGCAUACCUGCGGUGCUCGAAGGAAAUGAUGUGCUGGUGACCGCGCAAACUGGAAGUGGGAAGACAGCUGCCUUUUUGAUUCCAAUCAUUACUGCAGCGUUGAAAGCUGGUCCCAAGCCUGCUAAGGAAGGCGCCGUGUGCCCUACCAGCGUGGUGCUGUCACCCACCCGCGAGCUCUGUCAGCAAAUCACAGUCGAGGCUGAAAGGCUGACCUUUCGAAGCGGUGCACGUGUUUGUGCAAUUUAUGGCGGAGCCGAUGCUAUUCCACAACUGCGAAAAUUUGCUGGGGGCAUCGAGAUUGUGGUGUGCACUCCUGGCCGACUUGAGGACUUCCUGCAACGUGGUGUGUUGAGCAUGAAGGAGGUAAAAUUCCUUGCUCUGGACGAAGCCGAUCGCAUGCUGGACAUGGGAUUCGAGCCGCAAAUUCGUGAAAUCAUUGAGAACCAUGGCAUGCCGGAGGCUGGAAAUGGCAGAGAGACCAUGAUGUUCUCCGCCACUUUCCCAUCGGAGAUCCAAGAGUUGGCCGGUGAUUUCCUGGACUCGAAGUAUCGAAGCAUUUCAGUAGGCGCAGUUGGUGCAACAACCAGCAGUGUGGAGCAGCGCUUUGAGUUCCUGGGUGCACCAAAAGUCAAAACUCUUACGGACGCGACCAGUGCAGACAAAUUCGAGCUUCUCCUGGACGCAUUGAAGGAGGUUGAGGGCGAGCAGGGCGCGGCAAAGACCAUUGUCUUUGCAAACUCCAAGGACAUGGUCGAUGACCUUAGAUACCGCCUGAGAGACAGCCGUGUUCGAUGCACCAGCAUGCAUGGAGGUGUCAGCCAAGCGCAACGUGAUCGGGCUCUGAGCGAUCUCAAGGGUGGCCUUGCCAAUGUCUUGGUAGCCACUGAUGUCGCUGCCCGUGGCCUUGAUUUGCCCGGAAUCGACCAUGUGAUAAACUAUGAUCUGCCACAGAACGCAGAGGACUAUGUGCAUCGUGUUGGCCGAACAGGUCGUAUUGGGAAUAAGGGCGUGGCCACGUCCUUUGUUGGCCGCAGGGAGCCCGCACUGAAGGACUGGCUGGAUGCUGAUGCUUUAGGCUACGGCUACAAGGGACAUUUUGACGCUAUUUUAGUGUUUCAGGCCGCCGCCAGAGGUAGCCAGUAG